UCUAGGUUUUCUAUUUAGUUUUUCUCUUAAUACCCAGUUCUCUUUCAAAAAUGGGUUCUAGUUUGCCUGGCUAAAUCAUCUUGAAUUUGAUUUUUUCAAUGGAGUUUAGUAUUCCUAAGUCAUGUAUUUGAAACAUAAAAAAAGAAACGUCACUACUGAUAUCCUGAUGAGUUAAAGGAUGUUUGUGUCCUUUUGUCUUUAUAGUACUCCCCCACUAGGCAGUGCUCACUAGCAAACGUGUUGUCAAUAAAUAAGGCAACUGAAUGGACGUGCUGUUUAUUUGAACACCUAUGUGUUUGCCCCUCUAAAGAAAAAAUCAAAGAAGGAACCAGCUCACUGAUCCAGGACAGGCCACCACCCCCAAAAGGCUGAAAGUCAUCUUCCUGCUGUUGAAGCCGCUAAGAGGAAGAAGCCUGCAGAUCUAGAAGGGUUCUUUCUCAGCUGAGCGACUACAACAGAAAGACCCACAUUCUUGCUCGUUGCCACCCAAUAACUGCAGGUGUCCGCAAUAAUCCUAAUAUCUCACAGGGCACCUGGCAGAGGAGUUGGGGAAAGGGAUGCUGUUGCUCCGAGAAAGUCUAUAAGGAGGAUGUGAUUGGUGUUGAUUGACAAUGCCGCUCAGCUGCAUAAACCCGGCCCCUACAUACACCAGGGCGUGAAAGAGGCCUGUUCUCGCGCCUUGAGCGUGUCUUGGGUGCAGCGGGUGGACGGGCCUCUGCUCCUCUCUUCCAGAUGGCUGGGAGCACUGUCACCCCGACCCAAAGCGACAGUCGUGUGCUACGAAGUCCCUUGUUUCGUGUGCGCUCACGCUGGGCUGGAGGCAGUGGCGAGGUCGUCUUUGUGAGGGAGACAAGGACCCACGUGGGACAUGUCCCUGGAAGGGAUUACAGCAUCUGCAGUCUGGCAUUUACCGCGGAGGGUGUACGAAGCAUUAAACUGGGCCUAACAAGGCACAGCGCCCACCUCUUCCUUUGGGACUGGAAAACAAUAGUUCAUUCUUCAACUGCCGUGAACAAGAUCCCAGAUUCCCGUAUCAUCUUUCUGGUAUCAUCUUUUGGGGGCUCUCCCAGGAUCCGAUCCAAUACCUCUGUGCUCACAAGAGUUCAUUCGUCGACUGCCGUGAACAAGAACCCAGAUUCUGGUAUGACUAGGACAUUACCAAGAGUAAAAAACAGCUCGACAGAGGAACACACUGGUUGCAGCAAGGUACGCUGGACUUCUCCCAGGCACACUCAGGUAGAGGUAAUUCUAGCUUUUCCUAAAAUACACUUUGUUCUUGCAUUUUGCCUCGAUCUGUUAAAUGGGGCCCAAUCUACCCUGGAACAACUACAUGAGAUUAAAGCCAAAUAUUUCAGAAGUCAAGGGGAAAAAAAAAUCCAACCUCUUGGGGAGGUUUUUAGUAACUUAUUCUGACAUUCCAAAUUUCUCACAAAUUUUAAGGAAUACAUCAUCUUUUUAUUCUGGAGGACCUCAGCUAACAUUUAUAGAGCAUGAUAGGCCCAAACUAGGGACUCCAGAUACACAGAUAAGACACAGUUCUUACUCUCACAGUUGGCUAUCUACAAAAAUUCCUACGCAAAUUGUAAUAUUCUUCCACACUGGAUUUAGUAAAGUGUCAUCUCGUUAAAAAUAACCACAUAUGAGCCUUUGCUUUUGCAAAUGAUGUCACAGAAAGGAUUUGCUCGGGAGUAAAUGCUGGUAUCCUCUCCCAAAU